UCCAAACCAGACUACCCUCGGGACGGAGUGCAAGGCGCAUAUACUCAAGCUGUUGGAUACCUUAUUCGGCACCGAUAGUUUCCUUUGAACGCUCGGCUCUAUUUGACUGAGAAGUAGUAAAGAAACUGCGUGGUUUUUCAUCAUGGGAGCGACACCAUCCGUGCAACGGGACGCCAAGAGCCCUGAAGAUGCGCCAGCCGAGGACAUCAGCUCAGAGGUGAACGAGACUCCGGAUGGAGAAAACAUUGAUGGCAAGCCUCUUCAGAAGAAUGGACAGAUCUCUAUCUCCAGUCUUAAUGGGAAGACAGAUGAUCAGACAGAAUUUAAUGGUCACGCGGAGGAGAACCCACCGGCCGAGGUUGGCCAGACAGACACUAUCUCCCAAAAAGAAGACAACGCUGAAACAACUGAGGUGCAUCAGGAAGAAGUUGCCCCUCAUGUUAAUGGAGAGAAAGGAGACGACUCUGCAAAUGCAGAUGAAAUUACAACCACAGAAGAGAAGGUAGUAGAGGAAAAACAAGAGGAGGCCAAUGAGGUUGGCUUCAAGAAGAUCUUCCGUUUUGUUGGAUUUAAGUUCACACUGAAGAAGGAUAAGAAUGAGAAGGCAGAGCCUGUGCAACUGCUGACAGUGAAGGAAACAGAGAGUGUUACUUCAGAUGCAGCCGCUGAAGAAAACAAAGAGGUACCUGCAACAGAAGAAGUAAAAUCUGAGGUAGAGAUAUCAGCAGAAACUACAGAGAAAGAGAAAGAGCCCAUGACUGAAGAUGCAACUGAUAAGGCAGAAGAACCAACAGACCAACCUGUGGUUGAUGCACCAGCAUUGAAUGAAAAAGGUAGUGAUGAGGUGCCAGAGAAAUCUGCUGAGGAAACAGGGACAACAUCAGAAAAAGAGCAAGAGCCAGAGACAGAAGUGCCAAUUGAAUCGUCCAAUAGUCCACCCUCUCAAGAGACACAGAGUCCCUUUAAAAAAUUUUUUACUCAGGGAAUCUUUUCCAACCUGCGGAAGAAGACAAGCUUCAAGAAGCCAAAAGAUGAGGAACAAGUCAAGGAAAAGUCUGCAGAAGAGGACAUUAAGAAAGCUGAGGAGACAGCAGAAGAUGCUGUUGAGAGUACAGAAGAAGCUAAAGUGGAUGCAGAGAUAGGACCAGCUGAGAUCGAGCAGAUAGAGAAGCCAACUGAAACAGCUGAAACUGAAGCAGACACAGCUGAAAUUACUUCCACUGACACAGAGGAGCAAAAAGAUCUUAAAGUAGAGGCUACAAGGGAGGCUGCAAUUGUGACUCAAACUGAAAAGGCUGAAGCUCCUACUGCUGAAACUGCCGAUGAUGCCCAAAUUAGCGAUGAUGUGAAACCAGCAAAUGACAAGCCAGAUGUUUCUGAAGAGGUGACCACUGAAGCAGAAAUUCUGUCAUCUCAGGAGAAAGCCAAGGCUCAAGGAAGCCCACUUAAGAAGUUGUUUACAGGAGCAGGUCUAAAAAAGCUGUCAUCCAAAAAACAGAAGAGCAAGAAAGAAGCUGAGUCAAAGCAAACAGAAUCAGGUGAGCAAGCUGCUGAACAGAUCCAGUCAUCUACUGAAUCAACUGAGCCUCAGAAACCUGACAGUGGAAUAUCUUCUCCAGAUGAAUCUGCUGACCAUGUUGUAGAGGAGGUAACUCAAGCUGAGGUGGCUCAAGCUGUCGAGUCUGAGGGUGAGCCAGCCACUUCUGAUAAUGAAAAGAAGAAGGAUGGAAUUUUGCCUUGGUCCUCUUUCAAAAAAUUAGUCACUCCGAAAAAACGUGUCAAAAGGCCCUCUGAGAGCGAAGAUGAGGCACCUGGAGAUAAACCCAAAUCUUCUAUUCUCUCUUCAACUGAGAGUGCCGUCUUUGAUGAGAAAACAGAUGAGCUUAAACCAUCCGAAGAGGUACCAUCUGACUCUAAAGAAGAACCACAGACAGAAUCUAAGGUUGAGCCAAAAGCUGAGAAAGCUGAACCAGUUGCAGAAGAGCCUAAAAGAAAAAUGGAUACAUCUGUGUCAUGGGAAGCUCUGAUUUGUGUGGGAUCAGCUAAAAAAAGGGCCAGGAAGACUUCUGAUUCUGAUGACGAAGAACCUAAGAUUGAGGAAGAAGUGCAGCCGUCUGGAGAAGAGCAGGCAAAGACUGCCGAGUCCCCUCUUGUAAGCUCUUGUGAAGCUGACCAUGAGAAUUUGGCAUCCUCACCCGAACCAGAGGAAGAGCUUGUUUCAACUUGGGAGUCCUUUAAAAGGCUGGUAACACAGAAAAAGAAACCUAAAGCAGAAGACAAGUCAGAUGAAGCCUCAGGUCUAGAGCAGACAGCCUCUGACAGUGAGAUCCCCAAAGAAGAAUCCUCAUUCUCUUUGAGAAAAUUAAUUCCACGCAGGAAGAAGAAGUCUGAUGGUAAACAAGUCUCUUCUGAUGUAGGCUCUGCAGAGGAUGAUUCUGACACUCCAGCUGUGGUGCCUCUAUCAGAAUAUGACAAUGAACCAUCUGCAGAAGUUGCAGUCAAGGCAGAGGGGGUAAAGAAGGAAGCUGCACCAGUCACUCAGGCAAAGGCCUUGGCUGAAGAUAGAUCACCAUCUUGGAUCUCAACCACUGUGGAAAAUACUGUGGAGGAGACAGAGGGAAAGCAACUGAGUGACAUACCCGAAGAAGGAGACACACCUGCCACACCUAAAUCAACCGAUAACACCAUUGCAGAGGACAUUGUUGAGCUUACAUCAGAGGCUGUUACUGCCCUUGAACAGGCAGAGACAGAAAUGGUUUCUGCCUUUUCACAUGUUACAGCAUCACCAGUUACAUCAGGUGAGACUACUCCUGUCCCAGGUGAUAAUGUGGAGAAGACUGAUGCAGUACUGCUGGGAGCAGUGGAAACUAUUACUGUUACCGCAAGUGCCAUGACCAACGCCAUGACCGAGGAAGAGGAAAUAAACUUUGCUGUCACUACCAAUGUUCUUCAGGUUGAGUCAGCCAUCAAGGAAGAGAAAACAGUCCUGGUUGCACAUGAGAAAACAGAGGCAACAGCCAUUUGCACUGGGCUUGACACUCGUGAAAUACACACGGUGGAAGGGGAAAGCCUUUUGAAACCUUCAGUAGAGUCUGUCAUUGCUGUUAGCCAGGCACUAGUCACAGAGUUGGCUGUUGAAGACAAAACAGAGAAGCCUGAAAUGGCCAGUGUGACUGAGGAUGAAGUUCAUGAAGCUCAGGUGAGAGAUGUUCAGACAGAGCUCAAAGCAGUGCUUCAAUCACCCUUAGAAAAUGCUGUUGAGGAAAAAGCACAGAUUGAAGAGGUGAAAGAGACACCUGAAGUAGAGACUGUGGUUCAGCUCCAAGAAGUAGAAGCAGUCAAAGUAGCGGUCAUUAAUGCUAUCCAACAAGAUCCAGAGGUUCUUGAAGAGCCAGUGGUGGCAGAAAAAUCCCCAAAUGUUGAGGCUGAAGGUCCUGCUGAACCAACUGUUGAAGAGUCGAUCUGUGCCCAAACUGUAGAGGUCACUGAAAUUGCUAUUACUAAAGGUGAGAAGGUGCAAGAGCUGGAGGAUGUUAAAGUGGCAGCUGCCAGUGUUGAGGUAGCAUCUGUGGAGGCAGUAGCCAUGGCUGUAACAGAGGAGGUCAUGGCAACCAUUCCAGAAGUGCCUGCUGCUGAAACUGCCGAGUCCAAAGAAGAUCCCAUUCCUGUUGUAGAGCCCACUGAGGAAUUUGUAGUUAUAAAAGAGACUGUCUGUGUUAUAAGCUCAACAUUAGAGUCUACAGAUUCCCAGACAGCAGAGCUGGCACAUGAAGCUGUUAUGGAAAAAGUCCCCCUUGUUCUUCCCACUGGUGACCAAAAAAUCCAGGUUAUAGUGAAUGAUGUUGAGGUUGUCUCUGCUCAAAGACCCGUUGAGGAAAACUUUGAAGUGGACUCAACAAAUGUUAGUGUAGUAGUUGAGGAAGUUUGUGAAAAUGUGAAAGAAGAAGCCAAACUGAUAAAGGCAGACCAAGUGAGAGAGGCAGAAAUCAUUCAGAAGCAGAGUAGUGUUAUUGUGCAAGAGGUCAUACAACAUGUUGUAGAGAACCUUGCUGAGGUACAUGAGGAACAAAAAAUAUCUGAGAAUGCUAUUGAGCAGGUCAUGGCAACCAUUCCAGAAGUGCCUGCUGUUGAAAUUGCUGAGUCCAAGGAAGAUCCCAUUCCUGCUGUAGAGCCCACUGAGGAAUUUGUAGUCAUAAAAGAGACUGUCUGUGUUAUAAGCUCAACAUUAGAGUCUACAGAUUCCCAGACAGCAGAGCUGGCACAUGAAGCUGUUAUGGAAAAAGUCCCCCUUGUUCUUCCCACUGGUGACCACAAAAUCCAGGUUAUAGUGAAUGAUGUUGAGGUUGUCUCUGCUCAAAGACCUGUUGAGGAAAACUUUGAAGUGGACUCAACAAAUGUUAGUGUAGUAGUUGAGGACGUUUCUGAGAAUGUGAAAGAAGAAACUGAACUGAUAAAGGCAGACCAAGUGAGAGAGGCAGAAAUCAUUCAGAAGCAGAGUAGUGUUAUUGUGCAAGAGGUCAUUCAACAUGUUGUAGAGAACCUUGCUGAGGUACAUGAGGAACAAAAAAUAUCUGAGAAUGCUAUUGAGGAGGUAAGCUUCAAGCUUGAAGAGGCCCCAGCAGCUUCUGAAAUGAUUGAGGAAAAACCUUCAACAGAAGUCGUUUCUGAUGAAAAACCUCCAUCAGACACAAUCCCUGAGAAGCCAAAUACAUCUGACACUGUCUGCAUAGAUGGUGAUGAACACACUCGCAUUUUCACUGAGAAACCCACAGUUAACGAAGCCAUCUUGACUGCAGAAACAUUCAAAGUUUCCAUCACAGGUACAAUCCCAGCUCAAAGUGAGGAGGUUGCCAAAGUCUCUGUGACAGUUUUGCAGCAAGAAACAGAGGUAACAAUAAGUGAAGUCGAACUAAAGCAAGCAGAAGAGAAAACAGUAGCAGACAAAGAAAGGUCUAGUGAGAGCACAGAAAGUGAAGAUGAAAAAAGUCAAGCUGAAACAGAUCCCAAGAAAGUGAAAACAGAAAUCGAAAAAGAUACUACAGAGACUUUAGCCACACAAGAGGAAAACUGCCCUUCAAUAGAAGCAUCUGCAUAUCAAGACCAGGUUGUGGCUGAGCAGUGUCAACUGGUGCAAGAGGUACAGAUUGAGACUGCACAGGAAUUUAAUGUUGGUGUCAUAAACGUAAUAAAUGCAGAUGAUGUACCUGAGACAAACAUGAAAGAUGACAAUUCAGAGGCUCAGGAAUCAGUAGAAGACAGACCUCAAAAAGACUCGGAGGAACCUCAAAUGAAAGUUUUAACACAGGAAACGAAAAACCAGGGAGAGUCCGGAGAUGCAGAUUGUCAAAAGACAGAUGCAAAAAACGUAGCUGCCAAAUUGGAGAUUGCUACUGAGAAGACAGCAAGCACCAUUACAGUGGAGGAGGUAGUGGAGGAUGUUGGAAAUGAGAUCGAGGCGGUCUCAACAGAGGUUCUCACAGUGUCAUGAGCAGUCUGCAUUCAAGAAGUGGUCACAUGACUGGGACACAGAGCUUUCCGGAAAGCAGGAAGUGAGAGGUUACCAUGGAGGAUACUAAGAGACAGUGCUCUGUCCCAACUCCCAGAGCAAGAGACUAAAGGCCAAUCCCUCUUCUCUCUCUCUCCUUUAACCCAUCCAUUCAUGCUUCUGUUCCUCUUUCCAAAUUUCCUGUCACUCUACAACAGCUGCCACUGAGGUCUCUAGCCUCUUUGGACUCAUCAAGGGACGUCCCCUACUCCCACUCUCCUUUAUUUUGCCAAAUUGCUAAAGAUACCAUUUUCCCACUUACUACUUUUGCAAUGAACAUUUGCAGUUUUAUUAGUUGUGCAGCAGUCUUGUUGCUGUUGAAUGGAGAGAAUAUGUAUCUGCAGUUGUUGUAUGAGGGUAUGUAUGUCUGUGGUGUCGGAGUUGGAGGGUUGUUAUUUUGUAUAUUGUAUUUAUAUCUAAAAUAUUCUUUAAACCCUCCUGAACACAUUUUAACCUUCUAAAAACCCAUUGAAAUCAUGAUGUCAUGCUGUUGUAAAACUCAAAUAAUAUUAUUUAGACAAGUAACUUUAACCAACAUGGUACAGAUAUGCAUUCUACAACUAUAGCAAAUAACAAAACACAUUGUAUACUGUGGCUGUAAUAUGAAAAUGGAGGUAAAAUGCAAUUUACUUGUGAACACUGAAACACAAUAUCCAGCCAAAACCCAUUUUCAUUCUGACUGUCGAUAUACCACUUCUUAGUCCCUUACUGUGAAAAGUUGUCUGUUUAUCAUGUACAAUCACAAUGAACAAUCUCACGUUUGAUGCGUGACAACUGAGAUAAAAAAAAAAAAAAAAGUCUUUUGAUUUUGCUAUCACCUGUGAAACUUGUGAACCUGGUAACUGUGAAAUAGAUGAAUUUGAAGAUGAUGAUGAUAAACACCUGCAUGAGUAGAGAACUUUCAGAAAGAACAUUUUAUUGUUCACAACAUACAUCUGCACUUCACGUCACUGUUUGAUGGCCUUUGCACCUAAGAUGCAUCAUGAGGUUAAAAGAAAAUAGUGAGAUAACUGUGCAUAACAUUAGAGAGUGGGACUGGGGGAAUUGUGUUUGCAUCAUCUAUUGGUUGGUAAACUCUCAAGUUACACAUGAUUUGAAUUCACAGAUAAGUGGGUAUUCAGUAAUGUAGAAUAUGUUUUUGCGUUCUUAAUCUCUAUAUCAAGGUAUGUUGUUCCUUUGAAAUACAGAGUAGAUACCUUAUGGUCAGUCUCUUUUAAAUGAGUAAUAUCAUAGCCAUAUAGUAUGUGGGCAGGAUCACAAAGUUGAUUCUCUUGGCAUAUUUUAUCACAAAGAUGAUAAGGGUGGCAAAUGUUAAAGGAGAGUUUAGCACAGUUCAAUUCCAUUGGGCAUUUGCUUAUGAUCACUCAAAAUGAAUGCAGGUCAACAUUCAAGAAUGUCUGCAAAUUAUAGAGACUAUGGAGGGGAUGCAUGGUAUUCUCAAUAGAAUGUUAUUUUCAAUAGAAAAACAGCUCUGCUACUAUUGUCACGCCUUGAAUGAACAGCCAACUCAUCUUUUUCUUAGCUUUUUAUAAUACAGUUUACUGUGAAUCUCUUUAACAUUUGUACAAAUUGUAUACCCAUGUACCUUAAGUAAUAUUGUAAUAUUAACAAAUAACCAUUGAAAGCAUUAAGGAAUGUUAUAUACCAGUAGCAUGAGCCUCACCUCUUUUGUAUUCUUCAAGCUGUUAAUAGUAUGGAUACAAAAUCAUGUCUAUGUUUCAUUCAAAUAAAGCUAGUGUAAAGCAG